AGAACCCGGAAGUGGGCGCUGCCAUGGCGACCCCGGACGCCGCGCCGGAAUUGUCUCAAGUGGGGUCGCAGGAGGAAGAGGAGCAGGAGAGCUCCGAGGGGCUGGAAAAGACUGAAAGUUCUGCAUCCAAAGCAGAGAUUGAACCAGCGAGCACCAAAGCGAGUCCUGGCAUUCGUACGGGUCAAGCCAACAGCUCAUUUUGCCCAAGAUAUGAUCAGGCUUGGCUCAGACAACAAGAGCAUCGAAAUCUACAUCCAGAAGAGUCCCAGGGGAGGAGCUGUGAAUAACUCUCAGACUGACUGGUCCUUCAAGCUGGAUGGGCUCCUCCACAACACUUCCCAGGAAAUGGUUUAUGAGACCGUGGCAAAGGGCUUGGUGUCCAGAGCUUUGCAGGGCUACAGUGGCACCAUCAUGUGCUAUGGGCAAACUGGAGCUGGCAAAACUUACACCAUGACAGGAACAGCCUCUGAGUACAGGAACAGAGGGAUCAUCCCCAGAGCUAUCCAGCAGAUCUUCAAAUCAGCUGCAGAAUUCCUCAAUAUCAUGGUGACUGUCCGAAUUUCCUACCUGGAGAUCUACAACGAGGCCUUGUUUGACCUGCUGGCGCCGGCGCUGGGCCGGGGGUGCAAGGAGAACCAGCUGGCGGUCAUGGAUGGUCCUCAGGGGGUUUAUGUCAAGGGGCUCUCCAUCCACCCUGUCAGCCACGAGGAGGAGGGCCUGCAUCUCCUUUUUGAGGGUGAGACCAACAGAGUGAUAUCAGAGCACAGCCUGAAUAAGAAUUCCUCCAGAUCCCACUGCAUCUUCACCAUAUACAUUGAGUGUCGUUCCAGAGAUUACACCAAUCACAAAUGCCUUAAAUCUAAAAUCACCUUCAUUGACCUGGCAGGGUCUGAGAGACUGAGCAAGACAGGGUCCGAGGGCCAGGUGAGGGUGGAAGCCUCCUACAUCAACAAGUCCCUGUCGUUCCUGGAGCAGCUGGUGAUCGCCCUGGCCGAUCCCAAGAGGGACCACGUCCCCUUCAGGCAGAGCAAACUCACCCACGUCCUCAAGGACUCGCUGGGGGGAAAAUGCAACACUGUCCUGGUGACAAACAUCUAUGGGGAAGCUGAGCACGUGGAAGAGACGCUGUCCUCCCUCCGCUUUGCCACCAGGAUGAACUGGGUGACAGCAGAGCCUGUCCCCAACGGGCCCUUCUACCAGGAGGCAUCAGUGAAGGUUCUGGAGGAGGAGAUCCAGCUCCUGAAGCAAGAGCUGAUCAUGCAGAACACCUUGACAGAUAAUUCCUUGAUGAGUUACAACCCACUGACUACAGCCCAGAGAGCAGAAAUCAAAUCCCAAGUCCAGAAAUACCUCAGAGGAGUAAUUGAGGAAAUAGAUAUUGUGAAUGUCAGGCAAAUCCAGGAGGUGUUUAGACAGUUCAAAGCGAUUUUAAACCAACAGGAGGAAGAAGUGGAGAGCAGGCUCUGGAGCAAGUACGGGCUGAGAUACAUGAUUGAGUCUGGGUCCAGUUCUAGUUUUGAUCUGCGUUUGGAGAAGGAGCAGGAGGACAUGGUAAUGCCUGGUGCUUGUCCUGGCCCAGAAUCCGAAGGAAGAACUGAUAAGGACGAGGAUUUGGAGCAGGAGGAUGAUGCAGGGACUCUGGAGAUUGGAAGUCCUCCUACAUCCCCCAUUCCUCGUGGGAAGAGGGAAGCCAAGAAGGAUGAUGAGAAGGAAAGCUCUAGGAGCCCUCCUCCUGAGACAAAUCAGGAUGAAUCCUCACAAUCCAAAACACCCACCAUAGAGCUGGAAGAGGAAGAGGAAGAGGAAGGAGCUGACCAGGACAGUGAUGAAGAGCCCACAAUCCCAUCUUCGGAGGAUUCCCAGAACCUCAGGCCCCCUGUGUCCAAGCAAGAGGCCUUUGAGCUGUUUAAGAAGGCGACUGGACAGGAGAUCCACCGGAUCUUCAGGGACAACAAGAGAAUCCUCAUAGCCAGGAAGAAGAGAAGCCAUGCUGUGGUACAGGAGAUCAACAGCCUCAAGCAGCAGAUGGAGGCAGUCAAGGAGGCUCUGGAGGCUCAGAAGCAGAAGAGGAGGCAGGAGGGAGAAUACAUGGAUGAGAAAGGACAGGUGAUCAUCGAUGAGGAGGAGUUCUCCCUCAUCCUGAAGCUGAAGGGGCUGAAGGAGGAGCACAGGGCUGGCUUUACCGAGCUGCAGGACCUGAAGGCAGAGAUCCAGUACUGCCAGCAGCUCCUGGAUAAGUGCAGGAAAAGGCUCAUCUCAGAGUUUGAGAUCUGGUACAACGAAAACGUCCAUCUCCCUAAAGAUGUGAAGAAAGCUCUGGAGCCUGGUGGGAACAUCAGACCUGGAAUGGUUCCCUUAAGGAGAGUCAUGUGCCUGGAUGAAGACGUGCAGGACAAGUUUGAGCGGGUGCAGGAGACGGCGCUGCCGGACUGCCCGGGCUCCGUGUCCUUCUACAGGGCCAGGAUGAAGACAGAUCAAAAGCAAACCUUCAACAGGACCAUGGCGGCCCUCCGGAAAAUCCACAGGAAACCCGGACUGGUCCCGGAUGCUGGGAAGAAGAAAGCCCUGUCCUUCCUGCCCCUCACGUAGCCUGGAUCCCAGCAUUCCCGAAGGAAUGCCACCUCAGGAAGUGCCUCCUGCUCGCAUCCAACAUCGAUUUGUAAAAAUAAACAGCAGGAAAAG